AUGGACCAAGAGGAAUACAGACAGAGAGGUGAGUAAAUGGAUGAAGUCUUGCUGGAAUUCCCACUGGGUUAGAAUAGUACUUUAUAAACUCAAAUGGUGCUUACGUUGCUGUUGUUGAUUAUGUUUACUGUUGUUGUUGUUUUGUCACAUUAUUAUUAUUAUUAUUAUUAUUAUUAUUAUUAUUUUCAUGUGACUUAAGUUGGUUGCGUCCAUUAAUUUCAGUGGUCUCCUCUUAGCAGAACAUUGGAUACAAUCCAUUAUUAUGAUUUCUAGAACAUGCUUGGAUUUUUAUUGUAUUUUUGUUUUUACAUUGUGCAUCAUUUUGACAAAAAUGCUAUGAAAACAUUAUCUAUCCAUUCAUCCAUCUGCAUCUAUCUGUCUAAUUAUACAUACAUGCAUACAUACAUACAUACAUACAUGCUAUAAAAUAAAGAAAGGUGAAACAAAAUCUGCUAUUCCUAAUAAGAAAAAGUGCUCCAUUCGGUUGGACUACCAGUACACGACAUGCGGUGCAGUGCUGUGGGACGGGUCCACUCAGAAGCAAGUCCCAGUGAGUUCCACAGGGCUUACGGAUAAAUGUGCAGAGGACUGCAGCCUUGGACUCCAACUCUCAUCAGCCCCAGCCAACACUGGUAAUGGUCAGGGACAAUGGGACCAGAAGUUCAGUAACAUCUGGAAGACCACCAGUUCCUCAUCCCUCCUUUACAAGGUUGUCUCAUGUAUGUUUCUUUGGAAGCACCACUGCGUUAAACCAAUUUAACCCCCCAUUUCAUUUUUAUUAAGUCUCCAACUAUAUUUCAGAGCACUUGUCAUCAUAUAACCUUUUUUUUUUACAUGCAGUUUCUUCUUGACUUCCCUCACUCCUCCUUUCCUGAUAUUUGUUUUUUAUUCUUUUUUUAUCAGCUGUUUUAUAACACACAUAUUUUUAUUAUCUAAACCCCACUAGCAUCAAAUCUUUCAGUAAUCCACUGCUCAUUUUUCAAAUCCUGCUUGUGACUUCAUAUAUUGGUGAUAAUUUGAUAGAUAUUCCAUCAGCGAUUUCCAAUCCUACUUAAACACUUUAUUGUUAUGUCCUCUUAUUAAUUUGGCAGUCACUUUCGCCGUUUCAGCAUAUUCCAUCAGUUUCCAUUCCUCCUUAAUUGACAAUCCUUUCGUUCAAUCAAUUUUAUUGAUAGAUAAGGACACGUAAGAUUGCAAUGCAGUCCUCAGAAGUAAGCUUACACCCUAAUAAGCAGGUGUAAGGAUUGCAGGCUUAAACCCUCCAUGGUUUCAUGGCUUCUAGAACAGCAUUGUGAGAGCUCUGGCUCCAUCAAAAACUGUGAAGUUGACAUCAGGCGACAUUGAAAGAAAUCUCCGUUUGUGGCAAUUAAUUGGUAGUGGCUGAUUCACCCAUGCAGGUCAUUGUUUUGAUACCGUGGUGAUGAGCAUCUGGGGUGAACUGACCCCGAAAUCGAUAGGAAAAGCUGUCUCAAGAGUUCACAACUCCUUCUUCUUCCAGGAAAAGAGAUGGUGGACUACAUUUGCCAGUACCUGACCAGCCUUAGGGAGAGACGGGUGUCUCCUGAUGUGCAGCCCGGUUACAUGAGAGACCAGCUGCCAGACAGCGCUCCUUUCGAGCCAGAAAGCUGGGACAACAUCUUUAAAGACAUUGAGAAGAUCAUCAUGCCUGGGGUAAGGACUUCUAGUGAGAUGCAACAGCAGGUGUGGCCUGCUUUCAUCCCCUACACAAGUCCUUCCUUGAGACCCAAUUCUAAGGACCUGUUUGGAAGAAUGUCCCUAAAGGAAGGGCAAACGGGGCAUCUCUCCCCUUUCAUAACAACUUGCAUGAAAGCAGCCUCCCAUUUUUUGUCACAGGCUCAUGUAAGUUCAGCACAAACAGUUGGGCCUGGUGAGCAUUUAAUAAUAAUAAUAUUAUAAUAAUUUGUUAUUCAUACCCUGUCCAUCUGGCUGAGUUUCCCCAGCCAUUCUGGGCGGCUCCCAAUCGAGUGUUAAAAACAAUACAGCAUUAAAUAUGAAAAAUUUCCCUAAACAGGGCUGCCCUCAGAUGUCUUUUAAAAAUAGGAUAGCUGCUUAUUUACUUGAUAUCGGAUGGGGGGGGCGUUCCACAGGGCGGGUGCCACUACCGAGAAGGCCCUCUGCCUGGUUCCCUGUAACCUCACAAUGAGGGAACCGCCAGAAGACCCUCGGCGCUGAACGUCAGUGUCCGGGCUGAGUGAUGGGGGUGGAGACGCUCCUUCAGGUAUACUGGGCUGAGGCCGUUUAGGGCUUUAAAGGUCAGCACCAACACUUUGAAUUGUGCUCGGAAACGUACUGGGAGCCAAUGCAGAUCUCUCAGGACCGGUGUUAUAUGGUCCCGGUGGCCACUCCCAGUCAUCAGUCUAGCUGCUGCAUUCUGGAUUAAUUGCAGUUUCCAGGUCACAUUCAAAGGUUGCCCCACGUAGAGCACAUUGCAGUAGUCCAAGCGGGAGAUCACUAGAGCAGGCACCACUCUGGCGAGACAGUCUUUUAAAUGAUUGCCUGAUUUAAUGAUAAUGUGUUAUACAUUUGAUGUUAGCCGCUCUGAGCCUGGUUUUGGCUGGGGAGGGCAGGGUAUAAAUCACCAUCAUCAUCAUUUGCCCUGGGCCAAGGGUUGCAGGGUGGGGUGCCUUCAGCUGCUGCCGGCUAACGUGGCUGGCAACCCGGCUGCUUCGCCAACCCUCCUGCCCACCUGGUAAGACUCCUCAUCUCCUCCCUUUUUAGAGCAAGCUAGGGAGGGAGGAGGUGGAGGACCUCUGAAGCAGCGACAAAAGAAAAAAAUAAAAUGUGAAGCAGAGGAGAUCUAAACUACCAGUUCCAAAGCAGCAGCAAAACCCCCAACAAAAAGUAAUUGGGGGUCAGGGAAAGGAGAGGAUACCACCACCAUUGCCAUAAAGAGGAGGAGACAGAGACUCACAAUAUGAUUCCCCCCAGCCACACACCCCUUAGAGCAUGGGUAGGCAAACUAAGGCCCAAUCACCUUCUAAAUCCGGCGCACAGAUCGUCCAGGAAUCAGUGUGAUUUUACAUGAGUAGAAUGUGUGCUUUUAUUUAAAAUGCAUCUCUGGGUUAUUUGUGGGGCAUAGGAAUUUGUUCAUCCCUCCCCCCAAUAGAGUCCGGCCCCCCACAAGGUCUGAGGGACAGUGGACCGGCCCCCUGCUGAAAAAGUUUGUUGACCCCCGCCUUAGAGAUUGCCCUGCCUAUGUGCUUCCAGCUGCUUUUUCUUGAAUGAAGAUCUUCAUGGGCUGCUGCACUUCUGAUGCUACUGGAGUCUCCAUACUUUUUAUUAUAUCUUACUGUUCUCAAUGAACUGUAUGCUGAUCAUGUUUACUAUUAUGGUUGCUUUGCUGGCUCGCACUUUUAUGAGGUACUUUGGUUUUAAAUUUGUAUUACAAUGUGAGCGUAGGUUCUUUAAACUCCCGGUUUUCAGAGGGACAGGGCUGGAAGUUCUCUAAAUGAAGUCUAACCUGGGUUACAAAUUUAGCAGAGGUUCUUAAGUAAACGGGGCCUUCUCUGCAGUGGCUCCCCAUUUGUGGAAUGCUCUCCCCAUGGAGAUUUGUCUGGCGCUUUCACCUUUAGGUGCCAGGCAAAACAUUCCUCUGCUACCAGGCCUUUCACAGGUUGACAUCCGAUGUCCUUUUAAAUAAGUUGUGGGAGGAGGGGUUAUUGGUUCUUAUAUUUACUAUGUAUUUUGUGGUUUUUAUGUAGUGAACCACCCUGAGAUCUGUGGAUGAAGGGUGGUAUACAAAUUAAAUUAUUAUUAUUAUUAUUUUAUUAUUAUUAUUAUUAUUAUUAUUAUUAUUACAGUGGUACCUCAGGUUACAUACGCUUCAGGUUACAUACGCUUCAGGUUACAGACUCUGCUAACCCAGAAAUACUGCUUCAGACUUAGAACUUUGCUUCAGGAUGAGAACAGAAAUCGUGCGGUGGCGGCGUGGCAGCAGUGGGAGGCCCCAUUAGCUAAAGUGGUGCUUCAGGUUAAGAACAGUUUCAGGUUAAGUAUGGACCUCUGGAACAAAUUAAGUACUUAACCUGGGGUACCACUGUAUUAUUAUUAUUAUUAUUAUUAUUAUUAUUAAAUAAUCUGUCAGACUCUGGCAUUUGCAAUAUGGAGAUAAUGCUGUCCUACCUUGUAGGGGUUUUUUUGGUAAUGUACAUGAAGCAUUUUGAAGAUUUGAAAAGUGUGGUAUCAAUGCUCAGUAGUUACUAUUUUUGUGAUGAAAGAUAGCAAUAGCUGCAAAAUUAAUAAAUGCAUUCUGUAUAAUGGCAAGGUUGCAGAGUCGAUCCCCAUAUGGGUCAGCUGCAUAUUCCUGCCGACAUAUGAUAAAAAAUGAAUAUAAACAAGAAGAAAACUGUACUGUGAUGGCUUUCUUCUUUGAAAAUAUGUAUCGCUUCCUCUUUAUGGAUGGGUUUCCAUUUCCUCUUAACGGGCAUGUUUCGUUGAGAUAAAUGGUUUUGCUUUAGUGAGACAUUUAUCUAUCAGUCCCACAUUCUUCUAUUUCCUUUGACAUUAAUAAAAAAAUGCACAGAUGCUUCCAUCAGAUCUGAGAUGCACUCGGCGAGGACUGCAGUCCUCCCCCCUUUGCGGUCUAACAACCUAGGGUAGUUGAAGAUCUUGUGCCUUCUAAUUCCAGAAUUCCGGGGUAGACAUCUUCCCCUAUCACCUGCCAAGCACCGCAUUUCCCGCAGGGGAGCAAUCUGCAUGACAGUGGUGGGUGGAGCCACAGCCCAAAGUGGGCAGGGCCAAAACCAAAGUGGGUGGAGUUUGCAGAGUAGGCGGGGAGCUUUGAAAAGCAUCCAAGAGCGACAUGGAAUUAAGCUGUAGGUUCCACACGCAUCCUUUUAAUUGUGCAGAAGAUAGAACAUCACUAGAAACAACAGAGAGGGCAUUUGCAGGUGUGGCUCUCUGCUUUAGGCCCUCCAAGUGUCCCUAUUUUCCAGGGACAGUCCUGGAUUUACAGAAGCCGUCCUGGUUUCUGAUUUGAUCCCGGAAUGUCCUCAUGUAUCAUGUAUUUCCUGGAAGCUGCCUAGAGUGUCUGGGGCUACCCAGUUAGAUGGGCGGGGUAGAAAUAGUAAAAAUAAUAGGAUGUUUCUUCAGGAUAUACCUGAAGGAGUGUCUCCAUCCCCACUGUUCAACGCGGACACUGAGGUCUAGCGCCAAGGGCCUUCUGGUGGUUCCCUCACUGAGAGAGGUGAGGUUAUAGGGAACCAGGCAGAGGACCUUCUCAGUGGUAGCACCCGCCCUGUGGAACGCCCUCCCAGCAGAUGUCAAGGAAAUAAACAACUAUCUGACUUUUAGAAGACAUCUGAAGGCAGCCCUGUUUAGGGAAGUUUUUAAUGUUUGAUGUUUUAUAUUAUUAUUAUUAUUAUUAUUAUUAUUAUUAUUCUGUUGGGAGCCACCCAGAGUGUCUGGGGAAACCCAGCCAUAUUGGUGGGGUAGAAAUAAAUACUACUACUACUACUACUACUACUACUACUACUACUAAUAAUAAUAAUUUUCAUGUGAGAAAUGUAGGAGGGCAAGUUAAGGUAACCUUUGCUCCUUUUCACUUGUUUUCUGCAGUAAUCAACCCUUUCUCGCCCUCUCAUCAGCUUCUCAACUCUUGUUUUUAACCCAGGUUGUCCAUUGGCAGAGUCCACACAUGCAUGCCUACUUUCCGGCUCUCACCUCCUGGCCUUCACUCCUGGGCGACAUGCUGGCAGACGCCAUUAAUUGCUUGGGAUUUACCUGGGUAAAUGACACCGCUUUUCUUGGGAGUUUUCAUGCUGAAUUGAUUGCUGCUCAACAAAAUCAUGGUUGUCGACUGCUGAAAGACUUUGUACCUGAUUAACCUUUCAAAUAUACAUUUAUUAUAUCAACGUAUGUUAUGUUUAACUACCUGUGUACAUGGCUGGCAUUAUAAUAUCAUUGCCUCUCUGAGAUAUUGUUUUCUCUUCAACCAGGCCUUUGGCUGAUUGAUAUUCUACAGCAGUGGUUCCCAAUUAGCUAAUUACUGAGGACCCCCUAUUUAUCAAAAGCCAAGUCACGGACCCCCUACUGUUUAAAUUUUGGAUAACUCUAUGGUAGUUACCUCUGCAAAGCAAUUUUUUGAACAAAAUGUGGAGUAGCUCCUAAUAAGCAAAGGAUUUUAGGUGUACAGUCGUACCUUGGAUCCCAAAUGCCUUGGUACUCAGACGUUUUGGCUUCCGAACACCAGAAACAUAAAAGCGAGUGUUCCGGUUUGCGAACGUUCUUUGGAACCCAAAUGUCUGAUGGCGCUUCCCCGGCUUCUGAUUGGCUGCAUGAGCUUCUUGCAGCCAAUCAGAAGCCACACUUUGGUUUCCAAAGUCGAAUAGACUUCCGGAAUGGAUUCUGUUUGACUUCCAAGGUACGACACUAGGGCUGAGCGAUAUCUGGUUUUCUACAUCGUGAUAUAUCAGCAGUGAAAUACCGCGAAUUGGAGAUCAGGUGUGGGGAUGAGGGAAGGAGCAGCUGCAGAGAUCAGAUGGGUGGGGGUAGGAGAGGAAGCGAAGUCACUUCCACCACAUGGUUUGAAUGGGAAGGGAUGGGGAUUGGGGGGUGCUUCAAGCCACUGUCAGGGGGGCAGCCAGCGAAAAUGCAUGUCCACUGUGGCUUCUUCUUCUUUCCUGCUGACUGAGCAAAGUUGUUCCACCUCGGGGCCAGGGGAAGGUAGCGAUCAGCUGUCCUGGUCUCCCUCAGUGCGAGGGAAGGCAGCUCAGAUCAGCAGUGUUAUCGGCUGAGACCAUUGUGCAACAUCGGCAAAAGGGAUGCGGGUGGCGUCGUGGGUGGCACUGUCCCUUUUGGGCUUGCUGAUCAGAAGGUUGGCGGUUUGAAUCCCCGCGACAGGGUGAGCUCCCGUUGCUCUGUCCCAGGUCCUGCCAACCUAGCAGUUCAAAAGCAUGUAGAUAAAUAGGUACCACUGUGGUGGGAAGGUAAAUGGUGUUUCCGUGCGCUCUGGCUCCCGUCACGGUGUCUCGUUGCGCCAGAAGCAGUUUACUUUAGUCGUGCUGGCCACAUGACCUGGGAAAGCUGUCUGCGGACAAACACCGGCUCCCUCAGCCUGUAAAGCGAGAUGAACGCUGCAACCCCAAAGUCAUCUGUGACUGGACUUAGCUGUCAGGGGUCCUUUACCUUUACCUUUUUAUCCUGCAUUUUAUUCUGUGAACCGCCCUGAGAUCUUAUUAUGAAGGAAGGUAUAUAAAUCUUAAUAAUAAUAAUAAUAAUAAUAAUAAUAAUAAUAUAUUGUGGGAGUUGGAUAUUGAAAGAAAAGUUUGUGCUGCGGUGUUAAAAAAUUAUUUCUCAACAUGACCCUGCUCAAAAUCAUUUCAGUUCCAUUUUUGUUACCCCCAUUCCUUAUCCCUAAAUCACCUCUAGGUAAAGUCAUAUUAAAUUAAUUUAUUUCCCCAAAUUACUAUCCUCCGCAACCCAGGCCAUCCCUCUAAUACAAGUCCUCCCAAAUUCAUUACCUUCGCAGAAGCAGUUUGGGAAAAAGAUUCAGGGUCAGUUCCUACCUGGGCUGAACACAAGUAGCAUUUCUGCCACUCACUGGCAGCCCCUCCCCCCAAUUAAAGCCAGCCUUCAGUGAUACCUGUUACUUAUGGGGAAUCUUAUUAAAAACAUAUUAUUAUUAUUAUUAUUUUUAAAGCGCUUAUUUGCUUAGGCAAAACAGCUUCUUACAGAUUUACUCUACCAUACUAGUACAUGAUGUUAACACUAGAGGGAAGUCAUGCAAAGUGUUUUAACAGAAUACGUCUGUAAGAUAGGGUUGGGGAAGAAAUCCAGUAGGUUUCAUUUUAACGCAAUCUUAUCUAGUUUGCUCUGAUAUGCAAACUGAAAGGCCCGCGAUGCUUUUUUUAAAUUAUUGAGUUAUAUUGCAAAUACAUACAAAUCAAAACUUUUAAACGUGAAAGGAAGAAAAAAGAUUUUGAAAGGUUACAAAGAACAAAAGAAGAAAAGAAAAAGAAUAGAAAGAAGAAAAGCAGAAAUCGAAAUAAAUUACAUAAACUAAUACAAUUAAAUCUUAAUGAAGAUAAGAAAAAAUCAUAGAUGUAUGUUUUAAAAUUUGCACUUCUCCAAAUGUGACAAUGCAAUUUUCCAGCUAAACAAAACACAUACAAAAUCACAAAUAUGCAAAAAAAAACCCCCCACAACCCAUCUUUUUAAGGGAAAUUGCUUUGCAGAAAUAUGCAUGUGAGGAAAACUUGCAUACAAAGAUGUGCAUGCCAGGAGCAUUUGCAUUAAAAUGAUGAUGAUGAUGAUGAGUUUUCACAGGGAUUUCAAACAAGCCACAAGCUGCUGUGGGAAUGUUAAGGGCUGAACUUAAGAGUGGAAAAAAUGAGAAGCUGAAACUGAGAGAUUCAAGUAUCCCUACUCACAAGUAGGCUGCAGGUUUAGCAGCUUCCCUUUCCCUACACAAAGCAUAUUCGUUCAUCGGUAGGCUUUGACCCAGUAAAAAGAGAUCCUUUUCCUCAUCCUGUAUCUCUUUCACACUUGCAGGCAUCUAGCCCAGCUUGCACGGAACUGGAAAUGAACGUGAUGGACUGGUUGGCUCAAAUGUUAGGUCUCCCAAAUUUCUUCUUGCAUCAUCAUCCAGACAGCAGGGGCGGAGGUAUCCUGCAGGUAAGUAGCUCAGGAGGGCUGUGUGUUUUCCUUGGUUUUAUUUAGUCUGAACAUGCUCAGAACUUCUAGUGCAAGAGAUGGGGAGCCUGGGGAACCCCAAAACUCCCAUCAGCCACAUCUAGCAUGACCAAUGGUCAGUGAUGAUGCGAGUUCAUCAACAUCUGGAGGGCCACCAUUUCCCUACUCUCUUUUUUUUUAAGCCUACGGCAUCCAGUAUUCCUCAGUGGUCUCCCAUCCAAGUACUAACUAGGCCUGACCCUGCUUAGCUUCUGAGAUCAGACAAGAUUGAGCAUGUUAAGGGUAGUAUGUGUCAGGAGCUCGGCCUAUACUCAAGUAGGACCCUGGCAGAGACACAUGCCCAACUGGCAUGUUCUCUCCCUCCUGAUCGUUCGGGAGCUUCAAAAGCAUUCUUCAGCCCGAACACCACAGCGACUGAUGCCAACCAACACCGGCACACUUAGGGAUCCGCAGAGUUUGCGCAACUUGCGUAACAGAGCUCAGCAACUCAGCAUUUUGGCUAAUCUACUUUAUUUACAUAUAAACACACCCGGAGCACUGCAACAUGGCUCCUCUCUCUAGCAUCAGACAGCAAAGAGAAUGAACAAAGGACAAUAGUCCCACUUCACCCAACACAGUAACACAAACAUCCUGUCUCCGUCACUUCCCACUUUGUGGAGUCAAAACAUACACCAUCAUGUGAAAGACAACAAUCCCAUGACUGCAACCAUGGAGCAGGAAUUCUAACAGCAUCGCUAUAGACAUCAUUUCCCUAUUCUUGUUCUACCGUCUUGUCUGGACAUGUCAAAAUUGAUUUACAUCCUUCUACUGGGGAAUAGUUUGCGACACGCCUCAAACAAAAAAGAAGCAUUAUCAUAUAUUUAUUUGGUUUUUCAGAUUAAAGUUUUACAGUCACAUAUCCAACAUACAACAUAGAAACAAGAUUCUAAAGAAUCUCUUGGGCUUCCCUCCUCCUCUUUGUGGAUCCUAUUGUUAGUCAUUUCCUCCUGCAUCUUUUAUAAUAAUCCAAAUCUUUUACCUCUCCACUGUGUCCAAAAUUCACCAUUAAACUACAACUGUUAUUCCAAUCCUACUAAUGGUUUUAACUGUUUACAAUCGUUUUUAAGAUAAAUUAUAAAUUUCCCCCAUUCCUUAUUCAAAUUUUGGUCUCCCUGAUUUCUGAUUCUCCUGGUCAUUUUAGCCAUUUCAGCAUAAUCAAUCAACUUGAUCUGCCAUUCUUCUCUGGUAGGGACUUUAUCUUCUUUCCAUCUCUGGACCAACAACAUCCGCACAGCCGUGGUCGCAUACAUAAAUAAUCUUUUCUAAAAAGAAGCAUGAUUAUAAAUGAGAGAGAUUAAUAUCAUUUCUUAGAGCAAACAGUAGGUGUCACCAUUGGCCUAUGAUGAAAUGAUUCAUAGAUUGCAACAUGCAGCGGGGACAAAAUGAAUUAGCAGUUUGUAGAUUAAAACAGCAAGGUACAGUUUUCUAGCGGAAGGAGCCCGUAGUUCAGAGACACAGCACAAGCUCUGCAUGUGUAAAGUCACAGGUUCAAUCCCUGAUAAUUUCCAGUUAAAAAAAGGAGAUGGCUAGGAUGUAGAUGCCAAGAAAAACCUCAGCCAGCUGCUAUUCAGAAAGCUUUAGCUGAGCUAAAUAGCCUGACCUGUAUCACUUCCAGACAGAAGCGAACCUAGGCUCCCUUGCACCUAGGGCCAGAUUUAGGUUGGAUGAGACCCUAAGCUACUGAAGGUAAUGGGGCCCCAGCUGUCCUUUGUCAACAGCAAAUUGUCGCUGUUUCUUGUGUUGAAUAUAUGCUGUAUGGUAAUUUAUGGACCUAAUAGGUAUCUAAAGCCAUUUGCACUUGUUGCCAUGCAACCAGUCCAUGCGAAAUACAUAGAAAUGAGCAAACCAGUGAUAUUUUAGGGAGCAGGCUAGCAGGCCGGGCCCAUUACUUACAUCAUAGGAGCCUACACAACACAAAACACUGUUGCUGUAUGUAGAUAAAGGUAAAGGGAUCCCUGACCAUUAGUUCCAGUCGUGGCCGAGUCUGGGGUUGUGGCGCUCAUUUCACUUUAUUGGCCGAGGGAGCCGGUGUACAACUUCCGGGUCAUGUGGCCAGCAUGACUAAGCUGCUUCUGGCGAACCAGAGCAGCGCACGGAAACGCCGUUUGCCUUCCCGCCAGAGCGGUACCUAUUUCUCUACUUGCACUUUGACGUGCUUUCGAACUGCUAGGUUGGCAGGAGCAGGGACCGAGCAACGGGAGCUCACCCUGUCGCGGGGAUUCAAACCGCCGACCUUCUGAUCGGCAAGUCCUAGGCUCUGUGGUUUAACCCACAGCGCCACCCGCGUCCCAGUUGCUGCAUGUAGGUUUUAUUUUAUUUGUUUUUUAUCUUAUAUUUUGGAAAUGUACAUCCAGGUUUUUUUCCUUUAAUUUUUUUUUGGGCCCCCAAGAGAGUGUGGCCUAAGCUAUAGCUUGUUUAGCUUAUAUGUAAAUCCGGCACUGCUUGCACCCUUGGCGAGGAGCUCUGCUGAAGCACCCAGAGGAGCCUCUAUGCUUCACCCAGCCACCCAGAUCAGAGGAGGAGUGGCCCAGGGAGCAUGAAAGGGGGGCCUUCUAGCCUCCAACAUUUCUCUGGUGAAAAUAGGGAUGUCCUAUUCAAUAAUAACUGGACAGGCGAUAAAUGAUCUGCUUUGGCCUCUGGCCCCAGUUGCCAUUGCCAUGUGGCCUGGGAAGGCUACCCAGAAGUCAACAUGACCCUCAGGCUGAAAAAGGUUCCCCACCUCUGAAGUCAAACAAUUAUUAUUCAACACUUUUGCAGUGUUGAAUAUGCAGUGUUGAAUAUUUGAUGCAGUUUCCAUCGAAACUUGAGUUAAUGGGGCGAAGGUGCCAAAUCCACUUUAAUUGCAUAGACUGAAUAUACCAGUUUGUGACUGAAUCGCACUCAUAAAAUAGUGACAGUCUAGAAGGGACCUGGGUAUUUAAGAGAGCUUCCUAUAUACCUGUGUGUGUUUGUGAUAUAGGUUGCUGUUAAUAAUAAGGAGAGUUUCUUUCUUUCUGCAGAGCACAGUUAGUGAAUCAACCUUGGUUGCUCUGUUGGCUGCAAGGAAGAAUAAAAUUCUGGAAAUGAAGGAGUCUGAGCCAGGUGCAGACGAUUCUGCUCUGAACUCUCGUCUCAUUGCUUAUGCCUCAGAUCAGGUAAAUGAGAGUGUGUGUCUGCAUGUAUAUGAGUUAGGCCCCACCUGGACUAUACAUUUAAAACAGUAUCGUACUGCUUUAAACAGUCAUGGUUUCCUCCCAAACAUCCUGGGAACUGUAGUUUGUUAAGGGUGCUAAGAGUUGUUGACCCCAGUUCUAGCCACCACAGGUUAAGAAGGAUACAGUGGUACCUCGGGUUAAGUACUUAAUUCGUUCUGGAGGUCCGUUCUUAACCUGAAACUGUUCUUAACCUGAGAUACCACUUUAGCUAAUGGUGCCUCCCGCCACUGCUGCACAAUUUCUGUUCUCAUCCUGAAGCAAAGUUCUUAACCUGAGGUACUAUUUCUGGGUUAGCGGAGUCUGUAACCUGAAGCGUAUGUAACCUAAAGCAUAUGUAACCUGAGGUACCACUGUAUUGGUAAUAAGUGCAGAAGACGACCAAAAUGAUAAAUGGUCUGGAAACCGAGCCUUAUGAGGAAUGGUUGAAGGAGUUGGGUUUAAUUAGCCUGGAUAAAAGGAAACUUUUAUGUUAUGAUAGCCACCUUCAAAGAUCUACAGGGCUGCUGCACAGAAGAUGGAGCAAAAUUGUUUUCUGCUACUCCAGAAGUAGGACUCAAAGCAGUAGGCACUCAUUCUGAUUUGUUUGCAAUGAGGUUAAAUUACCUUUCAUCCAUGCCUUAACUCACAUGUUCCUCAUCAUUAAAAAGUCUGAUCUGUUGGGGAAGUGGGUUUGUUGUGCACGACUUCCCAAUCAACUCUGAUCGUGCAACAUGAAUUUAGCUGUUUGGAUGCCACUCAAAAUUAUCAACAGUCUGGAAGUGCCCCAUGUUUUUGAUGAAGGCCUGCAUGUGUAGGGGUGUCAGUUUUGGAAAAAGAAGGAUGCAUAAAGGUAAAGGUAAAGGACCCCUGAUCGUUAAGUCGAGUUGUGAACGACUCGGGGUUGAGGUGCUCAUCUCGCUCUAUAGGCCGAGGGAGCCAACCUUUGUCCGCAGACAGUUUUUCCAGGUCAUGUGGCCAGCAUAACUAAGCAGUGCACGGAAACGCCAUUUACCUUCCUGCCGGGGUGGUACCUGUUUAUCUACUUGCACUUUUUGGCGUGCUUUCGAACUGCUAGGUUGGCAGGAGCUGGGACUGAAGAACACCUAUCCUUUAAGAUAUAUGGGCUGAAUAUAUGCACCAAGGACAAAUCUGCUCAGGCCUUCAGCCAAACUUAAUUGUAAUUGUAUUGACUAAAUCUUGUUGUAGUAUGGCCUCCUCUUGACCAACAUUACCAGCACUUGAGUCCCUGGAAUCUCCUUGCUUGUCUUCUCAGGCUCACUCCUCAGUAGAAAAGGCGGGUUUAAUUUCCCUCGUGAAGAUGAGAUUUCUUCCUGUGGAUGAAAAUUUUUCCUUGAGAGGAGAAACCUUGAAAAAAGCCAUUGAAGAAGACAGAAGCUGUGGCCUGGUGCCCAUCUUUGUAAGUUUUGUUCUCUAUAUACUUGGAAGGCUAUUGGCCUUGGUGGUUCUCCUCUACUUCCUUGGUUGAAGUAUUGCUUCUAAGGGCCAGUUUCUGGAAAGGAGAGUGCUCUUGUGCUUGGUUUCUGCAUGAGGUUUUCCCAGAGGCAUCUGGGAAUAAGAUAUUGGACCAGAAUAAGAUACUGGACCAGAUAGACAGACAGACAGACAGACAGACAGACAGACAGUCAGAACAGCAACUUCUUUAAGGAGCAUAAAACUAUGGUUGAAGAAAGACAGGUGACACUUGCUUUUCAGAGCUGAAGGUUGUGGAAGCCCUGACGUUGUUUAGAACAUGUCCAGCCAUUCUUUCCAUCGCUGGUUAAAACGAGUUGUGCAGGUUUUUCUAACACUUGCACAACCUGUUUUCUCAGCAGCUGCCAUGGGUCACCCCAUGAGCAAUGAUGUCUCUCCCGUAUUGCCUUCAAUUCCCUGAAAACUGAUGGCCGACUUAUCUGCGUCCUGCGAGCGGACAUUUUGUUAACCAAUAAAUUCGUGUCUCUGGUUGUUUUUGGAUGUUCUGCUGUGCUUUCUUGACAACGCCCUGUUUUUGUCUAGGUUUGUGCAACUCUCGGAACAACUGGAGUCUGUGCUUUUGACAGCCUUUCAGAGCUGGGACCCGUUUGUAAGUAGUCUCAAUACUUCUCAAAAGGGACCGUUAUAACAAGUCUUAGAUGGUGACCAACCCUUUCCCCAAGCAAAUCUCUGAUUCUAGAUUUUAUGGCAACACAACAGCUUGUGCAAGUGUCAGCUAUUGCACAGAAACCAACUGUUGCGCAGGAACCAACUGUUGCGCAACAAGCUUCCACUAGUGCAAUUGUUGCAUUAGAUCUCGUUGUUGUGCAGCCUUUAAAUUCGGUCAUCUGCCAGUGCAAGGGCAGACAGAGAACAUUCAGUACAUCUCUAUACCUUCUCAAACAUCACCUUCAAUUACUCUUUAGGUUCUAAAGAGGGACUCUGGCUUCAUGUCGAUGCUGCCUAUGCUGGGACAGCGUUUCUCUGCCCAGAAUUCAGAACAUUUUUGACUGGAAUAGAAUACGCAGAUUCUUUUACCUUCAACCCUUCCAAAUGGAUGAUGGUUCACUUUGACUGCACAGCGUUCUGGUGAGUGUGAGGCUCAAAGCUUGCACACACGUGAAAUUCUAAGUCUCUCAAUUGCCCCCAAUGACCAAUUAUUUCCCCCGGUCCCCAUUUGUAUAGGAUCAAGGAUAAAAACAAGCUGCAGCAAACCUUCAGUGUUAAUCCCAUCUACCUCAGACAUCCCAACACGGGGUCAGCCACGGACUUCAUGGUGAGUAAACUGAAUGCAAAAGGAGGCUGUUGUAGACCAGACACCAGAUUUCUGUGUUUGUUUUCAAAAUAGCAGUAGGGGGGCUGAUUCUCUCCUCCUUUGUCUUUUCUCCCAUGAGAAAUCCCCCAAAUUAUUUACCUCCUUAGGCAAAACAUACAUCAUCACCAUCAUUAGUAGUUCUUACAUAUUAGUCUUCUUCUUCUUUGGUGAUCCCUCUUAGUCGAGUAAGAUUGUCUUCCAUGAACACAGUCUUAACAAUAAAUCCAUAGGUGGCUGUGGAAGCCAAUUCUGGAUCUACACAUCCUUCCAUAGUAGGGACAUAGGGUUCCAGGCGGGAGUUGAUCAUGGUGAGAGUUUGCCAAACGUGCCUCCUUCUUAGAAUGUUUCUCCCUUUCGUCCUGAGUUUGAGCAUCUUCAAAGUCCAUGACACCUUUGGUAAAGGCUGUUCUCCAACUGGAGCGCUCGCAGGCCAGUGUUUCCCAGUUGUCAGUGUUUAUACUCCUUUUUUGUUGUUGUUGCCCUGAGAGAGUCUUUAAACCUCUUUUGUUGACCCCCAGCAUUACGCUUUCCAUUUUUAAGUUCAGAGUAGAGUAGUUGCUUUGGAAGACAUAUUAGUCUCACAUUAGUCUCAUAUAUGUCACAUAUUAGUAUGUGACAUAUGACUCCCAUCAAAUUAUCCUGGGAAUUGUCAUUUGUUGAGGGUGCUGAGGGUGGGUGGUGUGGGUUAAACCACAGAGCCUAGGGCUUGCCGAUAAGAAGGUCGGCGAUUUGAAUCCCCGUCCCUGCUCCUGCCAACCUAGCAGUUUGAAAGCACCUCAAAGUGCAAGUAGAUAAAUAGGUACCACUCAGGCGGGAAGGUAAACAGUGUUUCCAUGCGCUGCUCUGGUUCACCAGAAGUGGCUUAGUCAUGCUGGCCACAUGACCCGGAAGCUGUACGCCGGCUCCCUCGGCCAAUAAAGCGAGAUGAGCGCCACAACCCCAGAGUCGUCCAUGACUGGACCUAAUGGUCAGGGGUCCCUUUACCUUUACCUAAGGGUGCUGAGAGUUGUUAGGAGACCCUUAUUCCCCUCAGAGAGUUGUACUCUUGGGAAGAGGAAUUGAUUGUUGAACUGCUCUGAGCACUGCACCUCUGGGAGGGGAAUAGGGGGUCUCCUAACAAAAACCCUUAAUAAACCACAUUUCCUAGAUUCUUCUUUUGGGAUGGAGAAGCCACAACUGUUUAAAAUGGUAUCCUAGUGCUUGAAAUGUAUAGUGCAUAUGUGAACUUGGUUUCUGAAACAAGAUGGACUGGGCUCAAAUGUGUUUGGAGGGCAUGCCCUGUGGCUAGGAAGGCCUUUGCCCUAAUACAACUAGUGGUGAAUUCUCCAGUUAUUCAGUCAUGAGGGGGAUAUUUACUUAUUUGCCUGAUUUAGGAUAUGCCGAUCAGAGGGUCGGCGGUUCGAAUCCCCGCGACGGGGUGAGCUCCUGUUGCUCGGUCCCUACUCCUGCCAACCUAGCAGUUCGAAAGCACGUCAAAGUGCAAGUAGAUAAAUAGGGACCGCUCUGGCGGGAAGGUAAACCGCGUUUCCGUGCGCUGCUCUGGUUCGCCAGAAGCGGCUUCGUCAUGCUGGCCACAUGACCUGGAAGCUGUCUGCAGACAAACGUCGGCUCCCUCGGCCAAUAAAGCGAGAUGAGCGCCGCAACCCCGGAGUCGGUCACGACUGGACCUAAUGGUCAGGGUUCCCUUUACCUUUACCUUAUAAAAAAAUGUACACCACCCUUCAUCUGUAGAUCUCAGAAGGAGGCACCACUUUUUAUUCGUUCUUUGUUUACUGGGGGGAUACUAGGAGAGAUUCCUGCGCCCGGUCUCUGUUUAAUUCUAACUCAAAUGAGGCCUUGUGGGCAUCUGGUCUCUGUUUGGAUGCACACAAAAUGCAGACCGUGGCUGAUGGGAACUAUAGUCCAAAACAGCUGGAGGGCAGCAGGUUUGGGAAGGCUGCAGGAGUGUAUUAUUGGAAAAGCAGACAGAUGCAUGAGCUUUCUCUGCUGCCGAGGUACAGUCGCUCCCCAACAAUAAGUAGAAUGAGAUCCCACAUAUGUGGCUUUCGUGUCCUUCUCCACCUUUUUCUCCUGGCUGAGCUCUGACUGUUGUUUGAUUUACAGCACUGGCAAAUCCCACUGAGCCGAAGGUUUCGUUCUCUGAAGCUCUGGUUUGUGAUCCGCUCGUUUGGUGUGAAGAAGCUUCAAGACCACGUCAGACAUGUAGGUGAACUGGAGGUGUAAAUGUGUGACUGGGCAAGGGCGAAUCUGUCAGUUUUGGUUUCUAAUUUCCCCCACUCUUAAGUGCAGUUCUAAUGAAAAUCCAUUGCGUGUCGAGACGCCACAGCCACUCCCUCGUUGGAAAUAACUCACACAAGGACACGGAUAUUAUGUUUAUGCUAUUGGGCAAAUUUUGGCCACAACUUUAUUGAAUUACAGAAUGUGAGCAGUAUUGGCUUAGGCAUUGAAUGGACCUGACUAUAUCUGACUCCUGCCCAUUGUGCAGGAAGUCCAGUAAGGGUAAACCACCGGUAGGGGGAGCCCCAUCGAUGCGAACCAACUCAAGCUCCCCCUGGUGUUCCCAUCGGGGUCGUGUCAAGGCCCUAGCCCCCCAGCCGAGCUUCAGACUAGAUCAACACCCCCGGGUUCCCUUAACGGAAUACCCUUAAGCAUGGAGGGGCAGGUGAUGGCCACACCUCCCCUCCCCCACACAAGGUCAAACAAUGCAUAGCCGCCACAAGAGCCCAAAGGCUCGCCGCCGAUUGGCUGGCUGGGCUCUGACGUGGCCGGGAUCCCCCAGGCAACGGGGGACAAAGUCCCCCGCCCCCCGGUGGGGAGUGGGUGAUCACACGGUCCACUGCAACUCCUCCCCACUGGGAAGUGGAGCUGGCAGUUUUGUAUGAAUUUCUCCUAACAAUAUAUCCAGCUGGGAUAGCUCAGUUGGUAGAGCAUGAGACUCUUAAUCUCAAGGUUGUAGGUUCGAGCCCCACAUUGGGCAAAAGAUUCCUGCGUUGCAGGGGGUUGGACUAGAUGACCCUCGUGAUCCCUUCCAGCUCUACAACUCUAUGAUUCUAUAUACAUCUUGGUUGGCAAUUUUGUGUAAUAUGCAGAACUUUGGCUAAUGAGUCGGAUAGGAAAGCUUGCUAGCCAGCAGCCAGGCACAGUUUUUAAGUGCCAAUGGUGAGUAGGUACCUCAAAGUUUCUCCAGCCUUUCUGUAUGUUAAAAUGUUAAUUACUUAAAGCUUUGAGGGUGGUCAGGGAUGUCUCAUUGGUUCUGGGCAAGAUUAUGUUUUCAUUUUAAUUCUGCAUCCUAUGACUUUUGCACUGCUCUUGGAAAUGAUAAUUGCUUAUGCUAAAAUAAGAGGACAAAAUGGUGAUCUUUUUUAUAGAAGGAUGGAGGCCGUUGGUGGAUUAUACCUAUCAAACUAUAAUUCUCAUAUGAAAUCACGUGCAGGAUUUGAGAUAGGAGCAAUGGAAGAAUGUAGAAAAUGGAUUUUGCGGGCUUAAAAAAUAAAUGAAGAUGCGUGUUAAUGCAGAUAUUAAGGGGGAAUUUAAAAAAUCAAGGAAGGAGGGGCAGGAAGUCAAGAAGAAAAUGUGUAAAAAAAUAAACAAACCAAUACCUAAGUUUGGAGUUAUGUAAUAAUUUGGAAGAUUUAAUCAAAAUCAUUGUAAAACAAUAAUUGCUUAUGCUUUUUUUGGAAACUGUAGGGCACUGAGAUGGCCAAAUAUUUUGAGUCACUGGUUAGAAGUGAUCCCCUGUUUGAAAUCCCUGCUAAGAGACACCUUGGACUGGUUGUGUUUCGUUUAAAGGUAAGAGCAAAAGUUCCCCCUCUAGAGUUUAAAACAACCCACUUCACCCCCCCAAAAAACAGCUAUGAAGAAGGAGCGUAGGAGAGAAUGAAUCACUGUGAGCAUCUCUAGCAUCAGAUCUCCAAUGAAAGGCUGAAGGGGGGUGGAAUAUAGCCAGGCCAUUAACAGGGCUGCUUCAUGUCCCUCAGUGCAGUUACAGUCUAAGUUACUGGCUCUUUCCACAUCCUAGUUGCUAUGGGUGAGGGAGAAAAAUCCGCUAAUUUAUCCACUUCAAGUAUAACUUUAUAAACUUCUGUCAAGCAUCCACACCAUCCACCAAGUCAUCUUUUAAUAGGAAAAAGCAUAAUUUAAGUUCACAGACCUGACUUCACUGGUGUUGGUCCAGAUUCCUGGGUUAAUCAAAAUCUAUGAUGGGAAUUGGUGCAUUCAGUUGCAUGGCCUCUCUCUUUGGUGCUGACCUUUAAAGCCCUCAAUGGCCUCGGCCCAGUAUACCUGAAGGAGCAUCUCCACCACCAUCAUCCAGCCCGGACACUGAGGUCCAGCACCAAGGACCUUCUGGCGGUUCCCUCCCUGCGAGAAGUGAGGUCACAGGGAACCAGGCAGAGGGCCUUCUCGGUGGUGGCGCCCGCCCUGUGGAACACCCUCCCAUCAGAUGUCUAUGAAAUAAACAACUAUUUGUCUUUUAGAAGACAUCUGAAGGCAGCCCUGUUUGGGGAAGUUUUUAAUGUUUGAUGGUUUAUCGUGUUUUUAAUAUUCUGUUAGGAGCUGCCCAGAGUGGCUGGGGAAACCCAGCCAGUUGGGCAGGGCAUAAAUAAUAAAUUAUUAUUAUAUUAUUAUUACUUUGAAAACAAUUUGUACGUGGAUUAUCACAAUAUCUUUUGAAAACAGGGCCCUAACUGGAUGACAGAAAAGGUCUUAAAAGAUCUGAACAAAUCGGGAAAGCUCUUUGUUAUUCCGGCAACGGUUCACGACAAGUUCAUCAUUCGGUUCACUGUGACAUCUCAGUUUACAACCCGAGAAGACAUCCGACGAGACUGGGCCCUCAUCCAACAGGCUGCGGUGCAAGUCUUAAACAUGCAUCAUACGCCCAAACCUGUCGCCAUCUCAGAGGAAGGGGUCCAAGUUCCCAACGUGAUAACCAGCCCCAUUUCAAAAUCAAUAGGUGCUGCUCCCUUUUUUGACUUAGAGGAAGAAGAAAGCAAAAGGUCACCAUGUAAAAUAACUGUGCAGCCUCGAAGAGGCUCUCUGAGUCCUUCUCCGUGGUCGUUCGGUGAAAAUGUCGCCGUGCCUGAGGAUCCUCAUUCGGACGACUGCUUCACAGAAGGUAGCCUGAGCCCCACUAACCACAAAGUGCCCUCGUUCUCUGUUCAAAGCAAGAAGAAGACAGCUCGCUCUCUCAGUGUGCCAACAGCUGGCUUUUGGGAAGCGAGCCACUCAAAGGCCAUGGGCUUGGAGGUCCCCGGGAAGAGAGGAUCUUGCACCAGCGAGAAACUCCUUUCCCAAUUGCCCAGAGAGAUACUGAUGCUCAAGAAAAGCGCCCUGAAGAAACACCUGAAAUUUUACAGCGUGCCCAGUUUUCCGGAAUGCACGAUUCAGUGUGGGCUCCAGCUGCCUUGCUGCCCUCUACAGGCCACCGUGUAGUCAGUCCUCCACCCUCAACGGCUGUCCCCCUGCUCUCCUCGAGGCAGCGAGAACCAAAGCCUGCUUAUUCUCAUGCAACGCAAUAAUCUAUGACCCUCUCUAAUAAUAUAUAAAAUAAUUAUAUUAGUUACAGAAGACUCUGUGCUAUUUUUUUUAAAGCCUG